UCUCAGUUACUAAACCGAUUUCAAGAACCACGGACGCUCCACUCGGCCCUUGCUGGUGGCGUGUGCUACAAUUAAGUAACGGGCAGAGACAUUUCACAAAAAUAAAAAACCAAAUAAAACCAAACAACCCAAAACGAAAUCAACAAUGAGAAACCACAAAAUCCCCAACAAAUCUAUUACAAACAAGAAAUGAAUAAAUAGACAGACAUCCGAGCACAUACAUAUACCCACACAAAAGUCAAAACGAAAAAAAAAAAAAAAACAAUAGCAUACCAGUUGGAACAAUUGGGGCUAUUUUAUAACUCGCCAAACCCUUCGUUCAAAUACAACGACGACCAGGAGACAACUAAAAAAACAAAGCCAGAAUAUCGGGCAUCGGCAAAUCGCACCGUUCUGUUGGCAAGAAAAUGUAAUACAAUAGUUAACAAAAAACACACCAAAUAAAGGACUCAAGACGUGCUUGCUGGAGACAUCAGACAUUUGAUUAAAGUGCAAGCCUUUGAAAACCGGUUAUUAAUGAAACCGUUUUAGAAAAGCGUGCUCGGAUUGCCAAAUCAGUAAGAAAAAAGAGAACCGACAGAUGCACCACCAAAAGGAAAAACAACCAAAUUACAUUGGUAUCACUGUUGCCAAAUAAAAGCCGACGACAAAAGACACAUACAUAUACAUAUGUACAUAAUUUAAUAUUCGGAUAUGCCUUGUAAAUACAGCAUAAAAAUUUAGGAUCUAGGCAACUACGCUUAAAACGACAACUGAAACCAGGAGAAGGAGAACGAACACACCUUUUCGAUUUUCAAUACAACACGACGCUCAUUCUAGUCGAGAAACUUUCAUAAUUACAGAUAUUCUUCACACGGUGAAACACUAUAAACAUUAGCUAAACAAUAAACAAAAUAAAGACCUUCCCCACCAAAACAACAGAAACAAAACAAACCAAGCAAAAAAAAAAACAAUAAGAAAUAAGCGAAAAAGUAAAAAAAAAAAGAAAAGAAAAUAGAGGAAAAGAUAACAGAAUUAAACGAAUUACAAAUAGGCCACAACAGCCAAGUUUUCCAAAUCAGUGUGCGGACGAUCCACAAAGAUCGAACAUAACUCAAUCCUGAAAUCGAGAGGUAAUUGCCAACAGACGCAGCUCGAGCUGCGCAUCUCUUCGCAUAACAACAUAAUAACAAUCAAUUCGGAGCCGGAAGUAGUGAACAUUAACGGAUCCGGAAACGGGAUUAACGGCAAUCCGAGAUCCGUUAACGGGGAAAGGGGUAAAUAAACAAAUCGACGAAGGUGGAAAGAGAUCAAAGGCUUUUGGAGCGAAGGGGACGACGAAGGGUCAAGAUGCAUAUUGAAAUCCAGGUGGCUCUCAACUUUGUCAUAUCCUAUCUCUAUAACAAAUUGCCGCGCAGACGUGUAAACAUAUUCGGCGAGGAGUUGGAAAAGGCGUUGCGCGACAAGUUCCAGGGUCACUGGUACCCAGAGAAGCCCUUUAAGGGCUCUGCUUAUCGUUGCUUGAAAACCGGGGAUCCCAUUGAUUCGGUUCUCGAACGGGCGGCGAGGGAAAGUGGAGUGCCCAUCGGUGAUAUUCUGGAAAACUUGCCCAAUGAACUGUCCGUUUGGGUUGAUCCCGGGGAGGUUUCAUUCCGCAUUGGCGAAAAGGGAGCAGUGAAGAUACUCUACACGGAGAACAAUGAGAACCACGAGGACAGUCACUCGGCGGACCGCGAGGUCACCAAGAUGUUCAAUCCGGAGGCGCAGUGCUUUCGUCCGAUCGAUGCGGUCAACACGACCAUGAACAACUUGAGCCUCAGCCCGAAGGCACUUCCAUUGACGCUGCCCCAGGCAGGAUCCUCGCCGCACUCGGCCGCCUCCAGUUCGCCGACGUACAAGGGCAGUCCGAAUCCGACGAUCUCCGGCAGCUGCAGUUCCGGAGCAUCCGGAGCUGGUUCGGGAACGGGCUCCGGCUCCGGCUCCGGAUCUGGAUCCGGAUCGACAUUGGGACCUGGCCCAGGUGCCGCUCCAGUGCCAGUGACCGGCAACAGUGCGUCGGCCAAUGCAGCUGCCGCCGCAUUUAUGCAGCGCGGCAAUCAGGCGCCGCUCACUUUCACAACGGCCACCUUCGCGCAGACCAAAUUCGGCAGCACCAAGCUGAAGACCAGCUCCAAGCGCACAAACAGCAGCGCCUACCGCAUGUCGCCCACUGAAUUCUCCAACUACAUCAAGCAACGAGCGAUGCAGCAGCAAAUGCACCACGGCCACGCCGGAGUUGUGCCAUCGGGCGGAUCAUCGGUGUCAACGUUUGGUGGCUUGGACGCCGUAUCUCCAGCCCGAUCCCUUUCGCCGAACCCCCUCUCAUUGGGCGGCAGCAGUCAGACGACCAGCGGCACAGCAGCCGAUCCCUUCUACUAUCCGAACAUGGCAAUCGGUCUUUAUCCGCAAUUCGGCAAUCCACGCAGCCUGUUCGAACCUCACUUCAAUGCAGAUGCCAAUUUGGGUCUCUUUUUCGGCGCUGGAACUGGAGGAGCCACAAUGACCACCGCCGCAGCCGCCGCCGCCGCUGGCGGAGGUGCCAACAAGUAUAGUACUUAUCUGGAGCCGUGCUACUUUGGCAAUUCACAGCUGCCGCAGCAACAGAAUCGAGGCGGUUCGAUCGGCAUGGAUCGAUCGAAUAGCAAUGAAAGUUGCUUUGGAUUGAAUGUAGAUUGUGGCCUUGAGGAUGCAUCAACAUCAUCGGUGGUCGGCGUAACUGUUGCCGUUGCAAUGGCCGGUGAUUCAUCGCCGGAUAUUAGUCCCUUAAGUACUCCCACCGUGGGCGUGGCCGGUUCGGAGAAUUCGACAGGCAACAACUUUAACACAACAACCGUUCCAUCGACCAGUAAUAAUCAUCAGCAGCAGCAGCAGCAGCAGUCCCAACAGCAGCCAGCUGCUCAGGAACCGUCCUCGGGAAACAGCAAUAGCAACUCGAACAGCAAACUGAUUGAUGGCAUUAGCUCUUUCUAUGGCACUGGAUCGUCGUAUCAACAAUUGUUGGUUGCCAACUAGAGUUACCUCGAGAACUAGUCAUCCAUAAAAGAGCAUCCGCCGUAGGUUGUUUAUCCAACAAAUCAAAAAAAAAAAAAAAGAAAAGAAAAAGAUAGGUCGACAAUGAUGACUAGAAGUUGGAUACUCAGGGCUGCAGGAAUAAUAGGAAUAGCAAAGAACUGAUAAUGCAGUUUUGAGAGAAGAAGAGAGGGAAGCGGAAGCACCUACGAUAGGAGAAGAAAUGGGUUAAGGUGAAGUCGAAGCCAAAAAGGGGAAUGAGGAGGGACAAUAUAGAAUUACAAUCCUUUGCCAUUUUGGAUAGCCAUGCAACAAGUGUCCUUGCAAGAAGAACAGCGACAUUGGAUGCAAAUCUAUGAGAACGAACCAUUCGAUUCGAUGCGAUGUUGGACUCCCACACAAUAUGAAACACAAAAGAAAAUCACUCUGAUGUUUAAGCGAGCUAUAAGAAGAAGUAUAUACAGAUGCAUAUAUAUGUUGAUAGGACCAAACACCAACAAACUGCGAGAGUACUGUGUGUGGGGACCUAUAAAUGUAGAUAUGCACGUGAACUAUAUACAGACAUGUAUCAGCCAUAAAACAAUAUUUAUUUUGUUAUUAAAAUCAGCAUAGAGAGCAAAGUAAAGUUUCUUUCUGGUGUCAGGAGCGUGCAUAGAAUAAAUAACUAAGCGUAAAGCAGAAAUACAUAUGUACACAGGUGUAGCCAUAGGCACAUACAACAUAUGUUUGCCACACAACACAAGCAAAUGAUAUAAAACCAACAAACCAAUAAGCAACCAAAAAUAAUACCACAAAUAUAUAUAUAUACAUAUAUAUAUAUAUAUAAAAGGACAAAUAGAAUGUCUCAACUAAUUGUUUUUACUUGUUAUGAAUAUAUAUAAAUAUAUAUAUAUACAUAUAAAUAUAUUUAAUUAUCCAACUUAGGAUCAACUUUUACAUUAAGUUUUUAAUUAGUUGUAAAUUAAAGAUAAGAUCAUUUUUGUAGAUCAAGUUGCUAAACAAACAAAAAAAAAAAAAGGAAAAAAACACAACAUACACAUGUAUAUUGAUAAAAGUCAACAUUGUUAUUAAUAGAGAUGCAACUUGCAUACCCUGAGCAUCCUGACCCGUGAAAAAAAAUUAUUUGCAGCAGUAGUCCUUCUUCCGAUUCUCUGUAUUUUUAGAAAAUAUUAUUUUGUAUUUUGUAUACGUCUUAAAGCUAACUAGCAAACGAAGAUACUUUACUGUAUUCAGUUUUGAAAAUAUUAAAAAAAACGAUUACAUUUUUAUAACUGAAAAAAUGAUCCAAAGAACUUGUUUGGUAUCUGAAGUUUUUCUUCCUUAAUCAUUUUGUACAAAUGCCUUGGUGAGUUAGUUAAUUUGCCAAAAUUUUAAACUUGACAAAAGAACCCCGAAUAAUGUCGCUUAAACUGUUUACAAAACCACCAGGUUCUAGGUACCCCGCUGAUAGACUGGAAAAUAUUUAAGAGAAAUAAGAACAAAACCCCACAAAUUUGCUCAAAAAUUAGGACGUACCGUGUAGCCCAACUCUUAAAAGUAAACAUUUGAAAGCGACUUUCUCUUGUCCGAAAUGCACCAAGAGCUAACUUUUAAAAUUAUAAAGUAUUUUGCGAAAGCUUUAACCGCUGCAGAGAGUCAAAAAAAAAUUAUUCCUACACUUUUUUACAUGAUCAAAAUGAAAUAAUUCGAAAAAUCAAAGACUAGGAAAAAGGACUCUUUAGUUUUCCGUAAAAUUCAAAAGCGUUAGGAAAUGUAUUUCUAAAUUUGAGAUUCUUUUAGCGAAUGCUAACCAAACCUUAACUUCCUGAGUCCUAAAUUAUCCGACAUUUAAUUGUUUUGCCACAAAACUUCUUUGAGCAAUCGAUCUUAUUGAGAAAAACUCAUAUACCAGAUAUAUAGUGUACAAGUUAUGAUUUUAUUGAUAGUGCCAAGGUCGCCGGGUCACUGCUAGUUUUUUUUUUACCCCAAGAUACAAGUUAUGCAAGCUGUGAAAAGCUUUUAAGUAAAGUAAAAUAAAAACCAAAUAAUAAAAUUGAAGAAAUUUUAUAUUUUCGUUGUGUGUUAUAUUGUAUGUAUUACCAUUUGACUUCGUAUUUUUUUUGUAUAUAUAUAUCUAUUUUUAUAUGAACAUUUGUAAUUUUUAUAAAUCGAGUACAGUAAAAAAAAUUUUAUACUUUUUAUAUGGGCUUACGUGAAAAUACCUUGCGCUAUAUAAUUGCUUACUUUAAUUAAAAACAAAUGAAGAAAAAAGAAACCGAGAGAGCAUUUUUGUUUAAUUUAUAUGAGUCUCCCUGAUGAAACACAACAAGUUAAUGUAAAUAAGUAAUUUCUUAUAUAGUUUCCUUUGUUCCGAAUUUAACGGCAAACACUUCUCAAUGUAUGUUGUUUAUUGAAAGUAUAGUGGGUUUAUGAAAGUAUGAAAGUACUUAGAAGAUAAGAUAAUAAAUGAAAUAACAAAAAUGUAGUCAGCAAUGGAAUUCAUUCUAUGUGUAUCUUGUUAAGGAACAUUUGUAAUUUAUGAAAACAUUUUUUUAAUGGCCUAGUCAGCAACAAGAGCAAAAGGAAUGUGGGAAACUGGACGAAAGGGGAAGAUUUUCAGCUUUUGAGAACUGUAUUCGAUAUGUACCUACACAUCUGAUAGAUGUGUGUAUCUAAACCUACCACUGAAAACAGAAAUUUAAUGAAACAUUUAAGUACCUUAACGACGCUUCUAAUUAUAGCUACUGUGACCACGAACAAGAGUCAAAAUCAAAGCCAAGCCAACAAGAAAUGCUAAUUCAAUCGAAUUACAGAUUGCAGAUUGCAUUGGGCCUAGCUUUUCCAAUUCUGAUCAUGGUAGCGAAUAAGUACCUACAGACAGACAAACAUACACACACCAUUUGACAUGCACACAUUAAGGAUUAGGCACGUUUUUUUCUUAGAUAUAUUAGAGUGUAUUUAAAUUACAAACAAAUUAAACAGAAAACAAGAAAUUUUGUACUUUUAUAUAUAUGAUGAGUAUAUAUAUAUUCGUAUACAGUAUACAUAUGAAUGCCUCUAACGGUUCAACUAAACGGAUUCUCAAUGUAUUUUUUGUAUGUCUCUCAGAAUGGCAGGCAUGAAAACCAAACCAACAAACUUAUAUUCGUAAUGUUAGAAAUUGUCUUACAUGCCAUAUAUUCUAUAAGUAAGCAUAUUUGUAUGGCACAAGUAUAGGCCCCGAAAUGUAUGCUAUCUGCCAACCUAUCUUUACCUGAAUCAUAGUGGGAAAUGGAAAGAUAUGAUGGGAAGAGUAUUGUGGGAGAAUACCGAUUGCUUGCUUAUAAAACUAUUCUAUUGUGAUUGUGAUAACAAUGUAAGGCACAGAGAUACAGAUACAGAGAAGUACAGAAACCGAUGUGGAAAUGGCUAACAAUAUUCAUACAUAUGUAUAUGUACAUAAACGGGAAUAAAUUAAAAUAAAGUAUCCGCCUAUCAUCGAUGUCCACCAACUUUAAAUUUUAACUCGAUCGAGAUGAAAAUGUAUCCGACCGAUCUAAUAAGCAAAAUGAACCAUAAGGUAGAUACACAAAUAUACAAACAUAUUUUACAAUAUGAAAGAAAUAAAAACCACACACCAACCAACAUUUUAAUACACACUUAAAAUGAAGAAAUGCUGAUUCCAAGCAAAUCAAGCAAGAUGUAGAAACAAUUCACUAACUAAAGUAAAGAGCGAUAUUGGUAUGUAUUUAGCUACAAGGACGACAACAAAAAAUAUAAAUAAUACAGCUUUUUAUACCUCAGAUAUGUUUCUAUAUGUAUGUAAAUGUACGAAGAGAUAUCUCACGCAAUGCAAAGUAACAUUAAAACCAAAUUUAAGUAAAUUAAGCCCACUUAUUGUCGAUAAGGUUCAUAAGUACAGAUAUUUUGAUAGGUAGUUAGAUGAACAACUCAUUUACGAAUGUAACUUUUAUAUAUUUUUUUAGGAAACUUGUUUAAUUGAUACGCGAUUUCCAAACAUAAAUCUAAAUGUGCAUUACCAACCACAAUUGUGUGGCCCAGACUCUUAAAUAGUAUUUCCGGAAAUUGGUUAGUGGACAGAUCUGGAUGUUAGCGUGAAAAAAAAACAUUGCAUAUAUAUAUAAUAUAUAUAUAUAUAUAUAUAUAGAUAUCAUAAUACAACUGAAAAAGUAUCAGCAUAUAAGCAACUGUACUUUGUAUCAUAAGUGUUAUAUUCUUUCCAAAUUAUCGGGCUUACAAACAAAAAUUUAUCUGAUACAAAAUAUUUUCUCAUGCGUGUCUAGAUUUUACAUAUGUACAUAAAACGAUAUGUACGUAUGUAUGUAUUUAUAUUCCUAAUUAACACCAAGCAUGAAUAUGAAAUUUUAUGUGAUCUGAGUUCUCCAGUUAUUUUCUGUUAAAUAAGGCAUAUGUACAUAUAUAUAAGUAAAGGCUGAGAAGGCAUACAGACAUACAUUUACUGCACAUAUGUACGGAUGAAUAUUUGUAUGUAAAACUAUGUUUUAAACUUCAAUUCAAAUAAAAUGUGGUACCGAUUGAUA